CAGACAAACCCAAACAAACAUGGCAGACGCGGAGGACCAAUUGCGGAGAAUGGUAAUGACCUUUCGGGUCUCAGAGCUACAGAUGCUGCUGGGAUAUGCGGGGAAGAACAAAACAGGACGCAAGAAUGAACUACAAAGCAGAGCCAUUGAAAUUGUGAGAUUACGGAACCCCGCCAUUCAAGCAAAGAUCAAAGAGCUGUACAAAAGUAUCCAACUAGAGAUGAUGUCGUUUGGUGACAGGUCACAAGCCGCGGCGGGCGGGCCGACGGGGAUUCACCCAGCCCAGAAGGUCCCCAUGGGCCUGGGUUCCAUCACGGCCUACACGCAGUCUGCCAGCGUACCCAGCCUCCCAGGAGUCAGCCCCUCCCACACAAACACACGCUACUCCUCCUCCCCAGCAGUGGCGGGGGUGUCAGCCAUACCCUCGGCAACUGGCUAUACCUCACUGACUUCCAACAGCCACAAUUCCUCAUUCCCCAUCAAUCCAGAUGUCAAGUUGAAAAAGCUGCCCUUUUACGAUAUUUUGGGAGAACUGCUUAAACCUUCAUCACUAGCUCCUCAGGGUUCAGGUCGAUAUCAAGAGUCCACCUUCAGUUUCUCCCUCACUCCACAACAAGCCAACAGAAUUGCCAACUCUAGAGAUUUACGGCCGGGCAGACAAGACUACUCCGUUCAGGUUCAGAUGAGGUUUUGUUUGCUGGAAACUACUUGUGAACAAGAGGACAAUUUUCCACCAAAUAUAGCAGUGAAAAUAAAUGAAAAGAUGUGUCCAUUACCGACUCCAAUCCCCACAAAUAAACCAGGAGUUGAACCAAAGCGACCGUCUCGCCCAGUGAAUGUGACUGCCCUGUGCCGCAUAUCUCCCACAGUAACAAAUCGCAUACAGGUAUCAUGGGCGUCUGAAUAUGGUCGCUGUUAUGUCAUAUCUGUGUACCUAGUUCAGAAGCUGACCUCAGAUGACCUUCUUCAAAGACUAAAAAACAAAGGGGCCAAAAUUGCAGACUUCACACGAUCUCUAACCCCCAUUGUGGAAGAAGUGAGUAGCAAAAAGAAGUCAGCCGAACCAGAGAUUAUCACCCUGACGGACAGUGAAGACGAUGACGACACAGCUCCCCCCCCUGCCAAGCGCCCGGCCAAUGGUCAAACCACUCCUGCGCCUCCAACACCCGCCUCCAGCACAGCAGCGCCAGGGAGCACAACGCCGCAGGGUUCAGCCCCCAUUGUGGAAGAAGUGAGUAGCAAAAAGAAGUCAGCCGAACCAGAGAUUAUCACCCUGACGGACAGUGAAGACGAUGACGACACAGCUCCCCCCCCUGCCAAGCGCCCGGCCAAUGGUCAAACCACUCCUGCGCCUCCAACACCCGCCUCCAGCACAGCAGCGCCAGGGAGCACAACGCCGCAGGGUUCAGAGGGCACUAAGUCAAACGAUUCUUGGUGCGUAGGGGAAGUUGACCCUGGGAAGCGCCUCGUCUUUAGGAAGUCCCUCUCCUGCUCUUUGAAUGGCACCGGAGGAUUGCUGACGCCAGCAGGAGGUGGCAGCAGCGGCACAACAUUCUCUCCUCCUUCCUCUGGGUCAGUGAGUCCCCAAGUGAUCUGCUUAGACAGCCCCGCAUCAUCCCCCUCCCCCCCUCUCCGCAGACCCAACCAGGGACCUUCCCCCCUCCCUGCGGGCAUCUCUGUAACCCCUGUAGUUUCCACCCCCGCUGUUACAUCUUCCAGCACCUCCUUUGCUUCAGGGCACAGUGAUGUGCGGCAGGUGAUCAAUGUGACCUCCAGAAGCACCCCACCUGUCACAGCCAGCAGUAACAGCAGUAGCAGUAGUAGUCCUGUGCCACAUGCCACCAUCACCCCAGUCCCUUCCACCACCAGUUCAUCUGCAACCAUAUCCACACCCAGUCCCAAUGCCUCUAGUUUCUUGACUCCAAGCCCACAAGACCCCUUGGCUACCUCAUCUUCCUUUAACCUUCCACAAACUUCCUCAGCUGCUGCUGCAGCAGCCGCAGCAGCAGUAGCAGCAGCUGGCCUUACACAGAGCCCCUUCUCCCUUCCUCCCGCAUUACAGAACCUGUUCAACCCCUUAGGGAUGAUGCCUCCCACUACACCUUCUGGCAAUUUACCCUUCAGACCACAAGACAGAUUCCUGUAGAAUCCUAGCCAAAUAUAUUUGUAGAGAAUUGGGCUGGACCUUUGAGGGGAUGUAAGGAUGGUUGCGGCAUUUGCGCAUCACCACUACCACUACUACCACCACCAACAGGGUUAAGGCACCUCAGCAGUUUGAGAAUAGCAGGAGCAAAGUUUCUUAGACAAACUAUUUCUUGUCUUUGGAAAAUAAUACAUACUCUUCUUUAUUUGCAAAAUACCUUUUGCAAGACUUUCCUUCACCAAAGUGUUACAAUGUAUUCUUAGUUGAGUGUAGAGGUUAUUCUUCUCAUAGUCUUUUGGUUCUUGCAAAAGACUUAAUAGUAGUUGUAAGUAAUAAUAUUGGAAAUAGAGGAAAUGUUACAAGUACAAAUGUAUCCUGUGAGAGUUUGUUCCUUGAGGGGUCUGGUUAACAGCUGUACAGUGAGGAGAAUUGGACUAACGUGAACAUUUAGAUUCAUUGGUAUUUCACAUCAUCUUUUGUAACUUCUGUUCUUCUUUGUGUCCACUUCAUUUUUUACCUCAAGUUUGCCAUAGUUUUAUGUAAGAGAUGGUUAUCUUUACCUCUACCAUUUCUUUCUAGUGUUUAUCACAGAGGCAGAAGUUUGACUGGCUUAUUGUGGAGUCACAUAACAAAAUCCAUUUCUACUGACUCACGGCCUUUGAGUUAUUUUUAUCUUACUGAAAGUUAUUUACACUACUUGUAUGUGGCAUUAAAGUGGCCUCAUUUAGUCAAAGGUUGCCCCACCUUUGGACCCAACAGGGUGUGUGUGGUAAGAUGGUCGGAUUCCGAGGUAAACAACAACGCAUCCAUUGGUCCCCUCAAGUAUGUGGCAACCACUAACGUCCUCUCCAGUAGCAGUAACUCCUGGAGCCCAUCUCAAAACUUAGUCGUGUCCACCAGGAGUGAGAGUCCCCUACCCCAAGAGGGAAAUGACUCCAGCAGAAUUCUCGCCACAAACACAUGCUACCGUAAAACGUACAAUCUCAGGAAAAGGUCCUCAAAUACCUGCUGCCGAGUGAUCACAUUUUGAGGAGCUGUGAUUUUUCAUUACUUUUGAUAAUGUUGAUGCUUCAUCAGCAUUUUUUUUAAUCAUUCUUUGUUCUUUCUUUCAUUCUUGUUAAUUUUCUUUUCUUUUUUUUUAACAUGACACAAUUAAGUAAAUUUUAGUUUUUCUGUAAUGCAUUUACUGCCAGCAAGAUAAACAUUUUGUCUUAAACUUGAAAUAUCAAGUGCAUCAAUCUGUUCUGUUCUUGCCUCUAAGCUGUACAGAUGUUAACCAAAGCAAUUUGAAGAAAUGUAUAUAUAUUGUGUAUCAACUAUGAAUCUGAAGUAUUUGUUAAAAAAAAAAGUUAUGCUGCAGCUUCCAUGUGUUUCAUUGUAUGAUAUAUUUGUCUAAGCGUAUCAGCCUGACCAUGUAGUGAAUGUGUAUAUUUUUUUUCUUUUCUUUUUUUUCUCUUUUUUUAUGUAGUGUACACAUAGAUGGAACACUACUGCUCAGUGAUAUUGAGACAGUAAUAGGGUAUAUAUCUAUGUGUUUAUGAUUUGGAAAGAGUGAAGAAUGGGGAGGGAGGAUAAUGAUUUUUAAGGAUAUCUGCAGUAUAGAUUUUUUUUGUGAAUUAUUUAUUAUGUAAUAAAGGAUAGACAUUGAUUUAUUGUUACAAUGGAGUAAUAAGAAUUAGUUCUCUUUUCUGUGCUUUCUGCAAAUGCAGACAGUUUUAUUUCACACUGCUAUUGUCAUUUUCCUUGUUUACCCAGCCUUCCAUAUGUCCAUGACACUACUCUGCAUGGCUGAUUUUUUUUUUCCCCCCCUUUAUUUUUCUUUUUUCAUUAUUAUUAUUAUUAUUAUUAUUAUUAUUAUUAUUAUUAUUAUUCAUUUUGUUCUUUAUGGAAACCCUUCUUUAGGUGCGCAACUAGCAUGCGCAUGUGUCUACAAAGUACAGAUGCCAUUAGGAUAGAUCCAUUUCAGAUUCAUGCAACAUACAACAUUCCCAGCACUUUCUUUUUGAGUUAUGAAUCUGCCGCUAGUUUCCAUGAUGGAGGUCUGGCCAGUAUUCGUAUUUAUUCAGCUCUUGUAUUUUUUUUUUCUUUCUUUCUUUCUUUUCUUUUUUUUAUUUUUUAUUUAUUUAUUAUUAUUUUUUUUUAAAUAUUUUUAUCUGUCCUCAUUUACAUUUUUUUUUUUUUUUUUUUCCUUUUUUUUUUAUGUUACAGGCCAAAUUCAGCUCAUGUAUUCCAUUCAUUCUUCAUUUCUCUAUGCACUCACCACAGUCGUACAGGGAAUUGCAUAAAUGAAAUUCCCUAAGAAAAUAAUGUAUUAUGUAUUUAUUGAGUUGGUCUGUAAAGCGUUGAUACAGCUUGUUGUGUGUCAAGUGAAAGUUGUACU